AUGGGAGUAACGUUGCGAGCUGCUGUCGAAGCUGGUCGUGCCGCUUGGCUAGCAAACUUGACCAUAGCCGAGAAAGCGUGGCCGGUACGACAGUUGUAUACACUCUAUCGCAUGCUACUCGAGAACCGAGAAGAUCUGCUGGAGGUGUGUAACCGUGACUUCUCGCACGAGCCGAUUUUCUGGGAAAGGGAGUUUGCAUCACUCGUGGAGGACAUCGGUGCUUUGAUACUCUCUCUCGAGGCUCCGACAACUCCUGCGAUAGGAAAAUCUCACUUUGGGACGUUUACAACGUCUCUACGCCCGCGAGGUGUCUCGCUCAUCCUUUCGACUUCGAAGAACCCUCUACGUUUUGUGCUUGCGCCACUGGCAGCAUCGAUCGCGGCACGCAAUGUUGUCAUACUGGGAACUACACGCCUAGACAAAUUUUGGAGUCUAAUUGAGCAGAAGGUCUUGACUCACCUGGACACAUUUGCGAUUCAAGUUGUCGUUGCUACCUUGUCCGACAUAAGUCCAGAGCACUUUGACCAGAUCUAUAUAAUUGCAGAGGACGAGGACCGAGAGAAAUACUCUGAGCUCAUCAAAUUGCCGCACGUGAGCUGGCACCAGGCGUCUGGGGCGUUCAAAGUUGCUGUAGUCGACGGCGGGCCACUCAAUGUUUCGAGUUGUGCCUCGGAAAUUUCAACAAAGCACGACCAAUUGACAUCGGUCAUAGUUCAGGACGAGCAUUUCAACUCUCUCUGCGACGCCAUCUGCAAGUGUAUGGUUAAUGCUGGCUCGAACACGAAGACCUUGAGCUUGGAUCUGCCCAAGUGUCGUCGACUGACAUCGAUUUUCUACACUAUGGACUGGAUGGGCUUAGCCACUCAGAGUUCGACGCCUGAUCUUCAUUUCCUUUUACAAACUGCUCAAAGAGCUGGUGCUGUCCUGCUCCUAAAGUCCAGCUCGUUGGAGCAAUGCCUCGACUCUCUUUGCCAAAUCAGCAACAUCGCACAAGCCACUCUUCUCAAUCCGAGAUCAAAGGAACACGAGAGGUAUUUCCAGGAUUGGGCGCGGUCAACCGUUGUUGCUUUUAGAUCUAUACCCUCCUCAGUUCCCGAAGUGAUUACCUACUACUCCGGAGCCACGACUGACCAUCCAAUCACCACCUUCCCUCCUGCUCUGUUCGCAAUAACCCAUGUCGAAGUUGUUGAGUGUGUCUCUACCACAGCAGACACUCCGCGAGCUAUUCGACAAUCCUACGAAAGCCGCUUUCCUGUGCCGAAACAAGAAGCCCCAGGUGGUCGGAUCGAUUUUUUCGUCCAGGUCGACUGUGCUUUGAAAGCAGUAGGAUCGGUGUUAGGCUUGUGUGUUCUGGUCGGUGCCUGGUAUACUCACAAAGCAGUCCGCACCAGCUAUUUUUCUGCGUAG